AUCUAUAUUCCCCAAAUGUCUGUCACUGUCUGCUAAUCUGUAAUCUUUAAUGUUAUAUUUUCAUUUCAAAUACGUGCCGCUUGCAUGCCGAACUUCUUUAGAAAUUUGACAGUUUACAGAAAUAUUACUUUAUUCGUCGACCUGUGAACAUAGUUGAUGGAGUCUGAAUUAAGACUUUUAAUAACGGUGUCUUCUGGGCAGUUCGGCGUAAUAUUAUUUCUGAUUAGUCAAGCAUGUUUAGUGUGAUCAGUAAUUUACUCAAUACAUCAGGUUCAUCUUCCAACAGUGACGUUACUUAAGUUAUGUAACUUAACGUUAGCUUACAUUGUGAACCAAAUCUGAUAAAUGCGAGUUCAGUGAAAAGAAAUGCGACCAGAGGUGUCCGUGUGUGUGUGUGUGUGUGGAUUUAACUAGCUAAAAGGGAUAACGGUAAAGUCUUAACAGGCGUUUAUGGUUGGAAACAUUGAAGACAACGUUAAAUUGGGGAUAUUCUUAAUGGAGUUUGGUGACACCGUUUAUGAGUGCACCACCUGUCACUAUUUAUUUUGCCAGCUAGGGUGACAGUUAAAAGACUGUGUUAUAGUGUAUCUAAUAAAGCAGUUUUUUAUUCAAAUGAACUGACUUUAAUAGUGCCCUUACGUUUAUAUUAACUAGAACUACAUACUGCUAGGCCUACUACAUACUAUCCACUCCAAGUGACGGGCUCUGGGGUCUGGUGGUUGAAUGGCUCAAAAAUAGGAUCUUCACUCAGGAGAAUGGGGUUUCUGUCCUGUGUGAAGCCAAAAGUCAAAAUGUACUUUUUAAUUUUAGACUCACUUUACAUAAUUUCAGUUUUCUUUUAAAUUGUUUCCAGUUGUGGUUGCGGUUUUAGGUAAACAAAUUACUUGGUUGAUUUAGGAAAAGAUUAUUGGGUUUGGGUUAAAAUUACAAGUCAGCGUUGACUUUUGGUUUGACAUGGGACACGAACAGAAUGCUCUGAAGGCAAACUUCACCCAUGUGCAGAAACAACCCGUAGAAAUCUUGCAAGAGUUUCGCGAAAUCUAGGGUUUUACCAUCUUGACCAUAGACUGUGUAAAAGAAGUGGACGUAGCCACCAUGGUGUCACCCAUAGGUUUGUGGACUACCAUUUUGAAGUGGCUUUUUGGAAGGGACUUGACUGGACAUGACCAUAUCUGGGUGAGAGGGUGGCGAUAGCUUGCUUGGUUAGUAAGGUGAAUCUGUAAUAUUAAUUGGGAUGCAAAUUUUGGCUAGCGAAAAAAAAAAAAAAAACAGGCUUAAAACCAAAUGUACUUACCAGAAAAAUUACAGGCGACUCCUACUGAACUUUUUCAACAGCGCUGCUUAUAUUUACACAUUGUUGUGGAUAUGAGUACCCUCCUAUACUGAUGGACAGGUGUCCAAAAGACUGUCGCUCUCCAUAGACCCCCCCCCAUGUUAAAAAGACCAACUUUACAGCAGAAAUAAAUAUGUUUACAGCCUGGUUUUGGUCCUUAUAGCUAAUUUCCCCCAUAAUGAAAACUGUGUGACAAUUAUAUUGAGGCUUAAAGUUAUGCAUAAUCAAGGGUGUAUAUUAUAAUUGUAUUAUAUAGGGUGUAUGAAGAGCAGAUAUGCAAACUCAGCGUUCAGUGUGUCAGUGUGUUAUUAACACCUUCCACUGUUCAACAAGCACAAUGCCAUCAUUAAUGGGAAACACUAGCACUUGCAGUAACCUAAAAACGUUUUUAUUUAUUUAUUGUUAAUUGAAUAGGGUUGCUUAUCUAAUGGUAGAGAAACCUGCCUAAAACGUUGGGAAUUUAAGCAUCAGACUUCACUCUUGACUUUGAAAGAAGUAGUAGUAGUAGUAGUAGUAUGUUGGACUUUGGGCAAGGUCCCACUACUUUUUGCUGAGUUUAAAAGCCGUGGAGACAGCUAGUAAGUGGACCUUGAGCUUCAAAUGAAUCUUCUUGUAAUACCUUAAACUAUUAAAACAUGUGAUGGUAGAGUGAGAAAUCAUUAAUGCAAAACACUGUAAGACAAAGAGGCGAUUGUGUCUCCAGACACACACUAGUGUAAUCUCACAAAAAAUGCAAGCUGUUUAACAAGUAGUAAGGAGAUUUCCUAAAUUCCCACCAUGGCAAAAAGAUAAAGCCUGACUGGCUUAUGAAGCAAAAAUUCCAGUUUUGCUGCCUGGGUCUCUAUUUAUUUUUUUGGUUUUGGACAUCAGUGUUUCUGGUUAUGGACGACAUUUACAGGAGUUUAGGUCUGUUGUAAUUCUCCACUGCAUUGUAAAACCAUGCAUGUACAAAUAAGUAGAGUAGGUCAAAGUGCUACGUUACACAAGCUCUCUUAGCUUUUGUUGUCUGAUAAAUAAACUAAAUUAACUCAUAAAAUGUCAAGAAAGGAAAUAUUCUUAAACCUAUUUUCCUAUCAAACAGAAACACCGUUCUAAUGAAGUUUAAAUAGUAUGGUUAAUAAAUAAUUACACAACUCAGACAGCAUUGACACAUACUGUAUAUUUAAAUUAGUAUAAGUAAUUAGUGUAAUUUGUUAUAUUUGUUAAUAAUAAUAAUAGUGUUGUGUGGCUCGUCCACAUAACAGACUUCUCUCUUAGAUAUGAGCUCCUCGUUUUUGCUUGCAUGGUCAGAGUCUGCCUGUUUUACCCAGUUCUGAGUAAACUUUACUCCUUCCGUGUUUGUUUAUUCUGAAUGACAUUUCUUUGCUGCCUCCCGUACAUGUGAGAGAACUAAUGAAGAAUCUAAUCUAUUUAUCCAUAUUUUAUUUCUUGCAACGAAUAAGAAAGUAAGUUAGGCAGUGACCAGCAGAAGUGAUAGUACAUGAUCUCGGAGAGGAACCUUCCUUCAAGGAGGUGUAAUUAUUAAUUGAAAAUGCAGAAGUUGGUAUGGGAGAUAUGAAAUAUAAUGACUGUUUGCAUGUGAAGCAGGUUAUUGGAGAUCAGGCUGCAGCAUGGGUAGAAGUAAUCUGAUUUCUUGUGUGCAUGUGUACAUUGCUGAAACAGUUUACAAUCCUGUUUCAGUGUAGCUUCUCAAAUGGCUGUAAUGAUUUCAUCAACAUCCUCAAAUGUUUAUUUCACUAUUCUUGUUAGGUACUCAAUAAGUGAUUGCUUACUGAAGGAACCAAUGGAGGGUAAAAGUUCAGGACCUUCAUGCUCUGGCCUCAAUCUGGUCGCACACCCACGGGCAAAAAGCAAAGUCUGGAAAUACUUUGGCUUUGACACAGAUGCAGAUGGCUGCGUAUUGCACUGGAAACGGAUAUACUGUCGCGUAUGUAUGAGUCUUGCGUACUCUGGAAACACAUCCAAUCUGUCGUACCACCUGGAAAAAAACCACCCUGUAGAGUUCAGUGAGUUUGUGAAGAGCAACACGGAUCAGAUGCGCGAGGCGUUCGCCACAGCCUUCUCUAGGAUAAAGACUGAGCCUUCAGGUCUACAUGUUCAGCAACAAUCCCAGGACACAAACCUACGGCAGAACUUAGACUUUGAAAACAGACGACACAAUGAUCUGACAGCUGCUGUCAUCAACUUCAUCUGCGAGGGGCUGUACCCUAUAGCUGUAGUUGAAGAGCCUACAUUCAAGACCUUAAUGAGUACCAUCGAUCCCGAGUAUUCUCCACCCAGCAAAAGUGAUCUAGCAGUUAAAAUGCUUCCUCGGAUGUAUUGCCGUACCCGGGACAUGGUCUUUAGUGAGCUUGCGGGGGUUUUGAACUGUGGCAUUACUACAGACCUUUGGCAAAGCCAAACCCAGAAUAGAACAUACAUAUCACUCUCUAUGCAUUCGGUUAAUUACAACAGUUCAACUGGCUUCUCUGUGGCCAACAAAUGCCUUAAAACUUUUGAAGUACAAGAGGACAACACGGCCGAGAACAUCACCAGAGCUAUGUAUGAAGCCUUUGUUGAAUGGGGAAUAACUCAUAAAGUCAGCGGUGCCACGACAAACGGUUCACUGGACAUUGUAAAAGCAUGCUCGCUCCUGGAACUAUCAGUGGAAAUGCCGUGCUUUGGACAUACGGUCAAUCGUGCAAUGGAUGAAGCCUUCCAGCUGCCGCAUGUGGACAGCUUUUUGGGAUGCUGCCGCAAACUUGUUGAUCAUUUCAGAGAACCGGCAAUGUAUCUGCUGAAGGAAAAACAAAAGCAGCAUGGCCUUGCUCAGUGUGCACUUAUCACAGACAGGGGUAGGUCUUGGUUGGCCACAUUAGCAAUGUUACAAAGACUGAAAGAGCAACAGGUUGCUGUAACUGCAGCACUUAUAGAGAAUUCCAGCAGCCAUCAUUUCAGCUUUGAUGGUCCUGACUGGGCCUUGUUGGAGGGCUUGGUUGAAGUCCUCCAGUCUUUUAAAGUUGUGGCAAACAUGAUAACUUCUUGCAGGUACCCAACCAUUAGCAUGGUUAGGCCUGUGCUUCAUAUGCUGUUGAACACCACCCUCAAGGUCAAGGAAGGGGACCCCAAAGAGAUCAGCAUGACCAAAGAGGUCAUCUCAAAGGUCCUUUCAAAAACCUAUUCACAGAAUUCACCAUUAUUGCAAGAAAUUUCAACAUUCCUCAACAUUGCUACCUUCCUGGAUCCUCGGUACAAGAAGUUGCCUUUUUUGUCCACUCAGGAAUGCUCCAAAGUUGAGAAUAACAUCAUUGAGGAGGCAAAAGCAAUCCUUGAGAAGCAGAUUGCGGAGCGACCAUGCCUAGAUGAUUUCUCCUUGGUAUCUGACGAGCCACCUAGCAAAAAGCAGACCCCUCUAAGAGAAUCUUCGUCCAGCAGCGUAACACAGAACAACCCUUUGGCUGCCAUAUUUUGCCAGUCUGAUGCAGACCAGAGCCAGGAGGAGUUGCAUGCACAAGUGGUAGAGGAGCUCAGCAACUACAAAUCACAAAGGGUCUUGGGUCUUGAUGAAGACCCUUUACUGUGGUGGUCAAGUCAUGCGCCCUUGUUCCCCACCCUACCCAAGGUGCUCCAGAAGUACUGGUGUAUUCCUGCAACGAGUGUACCUUGUCACAGGCUGUUCAGCUCCUCUGGGACUGUUCUGUGUGGGAAAAGGAACCGUAUAGCUCCAGCAUUAGUUGAUCAACAGGUCUUCUUGUAUGAGAACUCGCGAAACUACUAUGAGCCUGAGCCUUGUGAGGAUGACUUGGACAAUGUUCAUGAAGGAAACUAGUCUGGGUCACUCACUUGAGGACAGUGUGCUAAACAUUGCAAAAAGUCAAAUAACUGUGAUGACGUUAUUCCUUGUAUACUGUUGGCCUACAUGGCAGACCUGGUGAAGCAUUAAAACCAAGGUGUAUCAGUCAGUAGUAGGCUUGAGCAGUAUCUAUGUUUUGAUACCUUUCUGACAGUUAUUACGCUAGUAUGCGCUAUUUAG